AUGUUGGGACAAACAAUCUUGGUCAGCCUUACGGCUGCAUCUGCUGUCAAUGCCUUUCAAUAUGGCUACAACCACGUAACCGUCCGGAAAGAUAUUCCACUGGUGGCAGCGAAUUUCAAGAAUGUCGAUAUAGAUCUUUAUUCGCCAGCCUUCCUCGACCCUGAGAGUCGACAGGCAGGUUUUAUGAACGGAACCCAAGGGCCAACCUCCCACGAAGAUAUGGAGGCUUAUAUGGAGCGCAUUGCUUCAAAAAAUGACUAUAUGACCUACCAAACAGCAAACUUUACAUCCGAAGAACUAAGAUCAUUCCCGUUUGUCAAGCUCUCGUCUUCAAAGGGCCCAAAGACUUCAGACAAGGUCCGAGUUUGGGUUCAAGGCGCUGUACACGGCAACGAGCCAGCUGGUGAUCAAUCCCUCCUCGCUCUCCUCGGCAAAUUCGAUAAAGAUCCCAAGUGGGCUUCAAAGAUUCUCAAGAACAUUGAUAUUGUCAUCUUGCCUCGGUAUAACCCUGAUGGUGUUUACUACUUCCAACGCGUGCUCGCUACGAAUUUCGAUCCAAACCGCGAUCAUACUAAGCUUGCGCGACAGCAGACCCGUGAUAUUAAGCAACUGUUCAAUGAGUUUGCUCCACAUGUUGCCAUUGAUAUGCAUGAAUAUGGUUCAUCAAGUCGAUAUGGCAACUACGUUCAAGCCUCUGAUGGUUUGUUCUCUGCUGCGAAGAACUUGAACAUCAACAAGAAUAUUCGAGAACUCUCUGAGAAGCUGUUUGCUAAGAAUAUUGGAGAUGCUAUGGUCAAAGCUGGGCUGAGAUGGGAGCCUUAUGUGACUGGUAGAACUAGCACUGACCCUAAUUACGUGCCCAAGUUCGACGAAGCUGGCUCUGAUGCCAAGAUUGGUCGCAACGCAAUGGGUCUCACUCAAUCCAUCACAUUCCUGAUCGAGAUGCGAGGAAUCGGAUUAGCAGACCAAGAAUUCCAACGUCGAACUGCCGCUGGCUUGACCAUGGCCAGUUCCAUCAUCGAAACUGCUUCCAACAACGCCCAGAAGGUCUUCAAGACCGUCGAGGAUGGAAUCAAGGAUUUUAUCAAGUCCAAGGAACCCAUUGUCAUCACCGACUCGACAAAGUACAGCACACGAAUGUUUCAGAUGAUCGACUACACCAACGGUUCCAUCGUCAAGGUUCCUGUUCAGUUUGCGUCUACUACACCAACCACUGCGAACCUGACUCGCUCUCGGCCAGAAUCAUACCUCAUCCCUGUUGCCUGGGCGGAUAUCGCUAAGCGUCUUGAAGUUUCUGGUCUUGAAGUCGAGACUCUUAGUAAGCCUUGGAGCGGCACAGUUGAAGCAUUGAAUAUUACAUCUUCGGAGCUCAGCAGCUCAUACUACGAGGGAGCUGUACUUGCUACUAUUGCAACUGAGACGAAGAAGCGACAGCUUACUUUGCCGGCUGGUAGCUUCCUGGUCAGUACCAGGCAGAAGAACGCGGGGCUGGCUCUGAAUGCUUUGGAGCCUGAGAACAUCGAUUCUUAUGCCAGCUUCAACAUUAUUCCUCUUGAAGUUGGAGAUGAGUAUCCUAUCUUUAGGGUCGUUAAGGGUUAG